UGCCCGGGCUAUAUCUGUCGCGCGGCGGGGCGCUACGGGGUGGUGCGGUGAGGCGCGGCGGCCCCAUGGCUGCGCCCGCCAUGGCCGAGCCGCGCUCCAAGCGGCCCCGCGUGACGCUGCCCGCCUGCCCGGCGCACCGCCCGCUGCCCGGCAGCCGCGUCCGGCAGGGCUUCCCGCCCGCCGUGGAGGAAGGCCUCUGCGGCGUCACCGGCGCCCUGCUGGAGCUCGCCUACUUCCUGCAGGCGCUGGGUGAAUAUUUUGAUCAGUCGCAUGUGGCUUUACCAAAUGUUUCAAAGUUCUUCCUGCAUCAAGCUCUGGAAGAGAGAAAAGCUGCAGAGGCUUUGAUGAAGUACCAACAAGAAAGAGGAGGCCAUUACUGUUCUAAAACCCUCCAGAAACCAAACUGUGACUAUGCAGUCAGCCUAAUGAAAGCCCUGGAAAUGGCAAUGGUACAGUGGAAAACUAUGAUACGGUACUUUGAAGAGCUUUAUGCCCUGAGUAUUGAAAAUGCAGACCCUCACAGUGCCAGCACUAUCAAGAAACAAUUUAUUGGGCCCAAAAUCCAGAAGAUCAAACUGAUGGGAGAUCUGUUGACCAAUGCUCGCAGGCUCGACUGUUCCCAAGAUGGCAGAAAUAGUCUUGGGGAUUACUUUAUGGACCGGUUGCAGAAAGAGUUCAGAACAGGCACAGAGGCAGAGUGUAGUCAGCACUGCGGCCACUGUCUACCUCUCCAGCAGUAUACAGGAGCUGCAGAGGAUCUGAAGCGACCCCAGAGAGAAUCUCCUCAGCACAGAAAUGGCAUAGGGCCAAUAUAUGCAACCAUACACUGCAAGGCCACACUGCCACAGUGUAAUGAUGAGACAGGACCAAAAGUGAAACAGGGCAGGGAGAGCCUUUAGUGCUAAGGCUGCUGCAGCUAUGGGGCAGCUCCUAAUUCAGACCUGUAUGGAGUGUGGAUUUGAGACCAAAAUGAGGCUGGGGGCACGAUGCUGUGUCACUCCUCCUGCUUUACAUCCUGUCCCCAUGGCCUCUGCUGUGUUCCAGCUGAAUCUAGGAUAUACCAUUAUGUUGUUGGUUACCUAGAUUGUCAGCACUGGUCACACUUUUAUCUAUGCAACUCUUCCUAGAAGCCAAAAGCUUUUAAGCCUCUUUUCUAUCUUAAAUGAUUAAUAGGAUUAGUUAUUAUAGCAAAUUAUUUUAAACAAUAUAUGUAACUUUUAUUAAAAUAAACAAACUGAAAUACAACUUUAGUACAAGGAAACUUCUAUGUGGCAGAAAAUCCACCAAUUUAGUUUUAUAUUGUCAAACAUUUUAUAUUACUAACAGAUAUUUUACAUUGCUGUCAAGCAUACUAACAUAAUGAACUUUUAAAAAAGACUAAUUUUAAAACAAAGUCUUCUUGUCUUAUUUCUGUUGUCUAAUUCAUUUACUUAUCACCCAGCUAUUUCUAGUGGUCUACUUUUCUAAGAUGAAGGAUGCAAAUAUUUCCUCAACAGUGGGAAUAAGACAAUGUGCUGUUUUUUUCUACCGUUAUUUGCCUAGUUGGCUUUUUUCAUCCUCAGAAAGCAGACGAGAGAUAAAUUAGGGGUUCUCAUUAGAUGUGAUCUUUACAGGUCAUAGUGGAUAUUUUUGAAGUGUCACUGAGACAGUAGGGCUCUGUCCAGACAUAACCUAGGAUGGUGGCUUUAAUUACUAUAAGACCCCUCUUUCAGUUAGCUCAAUUAUGGUAUUACUAUGGUACUACAGCUAUUCCUUGGUUAGAAAUGCAUCAUGGAGAGUGGCCACCUGUUACCGGGGCUUCUAGCACCACCACACCUAAGGGCUUUACUUUAGCUAGCCCGGUUGAAGUUCAGAGGUGUCCAAACCCCCUCCAUUCGUCCCCUUACAGGAGUUAUUUUCUUUCAGUACACUGGCUACAUCAGAUGCCUGCAGCUAGGGGUCGGGGGUUUGUCAGGUACAACAUUUUUUAUGCAGUUAAGAGUUUGCUUCAUUGAAAAAUUGCUCCAUACUUCUUAUACUGUAAGUAGUACUCUAUUAUGCUUGAAAAUAAAUGCAGUUCAAUGCUAAG